AUGAGCCUGAAGGGAUUUUGGACAUACAACCUGCAAAAGAAGAAGGAAUUUACAUUAAACAUUGAAAGCACAAUUUUUACAAUUGGAAAUUUGGUGCCAAAAAAUUAUGAUGGUUUGCUCUAUAUUAGCAGUGAUAUGCAGUCGAAUUCUUUUUCAUAUAUUGUUGAAGAGCCAGGAUACUUUACAAACAAUUUUGUUCACUUCGUUCGUCAAGUUAUCGAUGGUGCAAAAAUCGCCGACAUUUUCUGCAGUUUACUUGUAACAGCUAUGGACGCAUAUUUGAAGGAAAAAAUUGAGCAGUUAUCUUUUCGAGUUGUUUUGGACAAUAUGCUGUCAAAAGAUCCUGUCGUUUUACCUACUGGAGACCUAAUUACUUUUCAUCGAGGAACCACUGAAAGAGCUGAUGAACAGAAACAGUUUGAAAUUCCACCUUCAAAUACCACUUUUGACAUUACAUAUUUCCUCAGUAAAGAACUUGUGGAGAAAGUUGCUUCAAAUAUGUUUUUUACGCAUGUACACAACAAAUCAAUUACAAAUUUGAAACACGAUGAAUUCAACAGCAAAAAAGAAGCAAUAAUACAUAUACACAGAACACUUCGUGAUUCUUCCGAUGGAACGCUUAAACUUUCUGCUGAAUCGCAACCGAAAGUAAUCAUAAAUACUUCAAAAAAUCAACUGGGAAUCAUGGCAUUCAAUCAUUACUUGAUCCGACAAAACGAGACAACACUUUAUGAUGAUGCACACGAUAUUGUCUUGAAUAUUAAACCGUUUUUCAAAGGAAAGUUUCGCAUUGGCUUUCAAUUGGCACAAAAUACGAGUUUUAAUUUUCUGAGCGAAGAAUUGAGGGAACUGUACAAAGGCGAAUUAGAAGAGCUCUUAAAGAGCUACAUUGAAACUCUGUCUAUUCCACUGCCAUCAGCAGAAUACCUAACCAUCAAGAGGAAUAUGACCAAAUUAACAAAAUCUUUUAUUAUUUUUGCAAUUAAUUAUAGCAUUCUGGAUAAAAAUAAUCGUUGA